GAUGUUACCCUUACUUUAACCAUUUUAAAUGUGAACUUCAAAUGGGGUAGGACUCGGACAUUUCUGUCGCUGAUAUUUCCCACAUAAACUCCCAUUUGCUUGUUAAUUUGCGUUUUUAUAAAGUCAGUUGAUGUAAAUGAAAAAUUAUUGUGGCGAGUUCGUUAACGUUGGCCAGAUAUUGUAUGAAAAAAAUAUAGCUAUAUAAUUAUAUUUGACACGCUCACUGACACUGCACGAGGAAGUAUCUAUUCUGGGCGGACUCCAGCAGUCAGCUGCUUCUCUUCAGAUUGGAUGGGUUGAAAGCAAAGGUGAGCUCAAAAAUGGAUAUCGGACCAAACCGCACCGACUUCUACAUUGGCCUCUCUCUUGCCAUGAGCUCGAGCAUCUUCAUUGGAGGAAGCUUCAUCCUGAAGAAGAAAGGUCUUUUGCGAUUGGCCAGUAAGGGGUUUAUGCGAGCAGGUCAGGGGGGAUAUGCUUACCUCAAAGAAUGGCUGUGGUGGGCAGGACUCAUAGCAAUGGGAGCUGGGGAAGCAGCUAACUUUGCCGCUUACGCUUUUGCCCCUGCCACAUUGGUGACACCACUGGGAGCAAUGAGCGUUCUUGUGAGUGCUGUGCUGUCCUCAUACUUCCUGAAUGAGCGGUUGAAUGUUCACGGGAAGAUGGGCUGCUUGCUGUGCAUCCUGGGUUCCACUGUCAUGGUCAUCCACGCCCCUCAGGAGGAGGAGGUUGCCUCCCUUACUGCCAUGGCUGAGAAGCUCCAAGACCCAGGAUUCAUCGCGUUCGCCGUGUCUGUUGUGGCGAGCAGCCUGAUCCUCAUCUUCCUGGUCGCCCCGCGCUAUGGCCAGAAGAACGUGCUGGUUUACAUCCUGAUCUGCUCCGUGAUUGGCUCCCUGUCGGUGUCCUGCGUCAAGGGCCUGGGCAUCGGCAUCAAGGAGCUGUUCGCCGGCACCGCCGUCCUAAAGGAACCCCUGUUCUGGUGUCUACUCAUCUGCCUGGUGAUCUGCGUCAGCAUCCAGAUCAGCUAUCUCAAUAAAGCCUUGGACAUUUUCAACACGUCCAUCGUCACGCCCAUCUAUUACGUGUUCUUCACCACCUCCGUAAUGGCGUGUUCGGCCAUCCUCUUCAAGGAGUGGCUGAGCAUGAGCACGGACGGAGUUGUGGGGACCGUCAGUGGGUUCCUCACAAUCAUCCUGGGUAUCUUCCUCCUCCAUGCGUUUAAAGAUCUUACAUUCAGCUGGGACUCGCUGCCACUGUACCUGAGGAAGGGGCCUCAGGGGUCCCUCUGGGGCCAGCAGCCCUACGUGGCCCUGCCCAGCCAGGAGAGCCAGGCGGAGGGGCCAGGGGAGGCGAAGCUGGCCAGAGAGGGGAGCUCAAAGGGAAGCUACUCGCCGGAGGGCUCAAUGAGGAGGAACAAUAGCUUUGUCACCACUUAGCACUUGGGAUCAAUUCAAACCCUACUUAGCACAAAGGCCAAAUGUUUAGAUUUCAAUAUCCCAUUGCCAAGUUUUACAUUUCUCUGUUUAUUUGAUAUUUACACACCUGCGUAGACGAGUGGAAAAUAUGUUUACUAAAUAUGUAUUGAGUUGGAGAUUCUUACAAUGCAAUAACCACUGGAAGGACAGCUUGCCUUUAACUGUCAUGCACUGCAAUCCAGUGAGCACACUGCAUUUCUAUACCAACAGAUGUACAUUGUGUCUAGCGAUUAGCGAAGUCCAACAUGGUUUUACUCAUGGUACACCUAAACCAUUCAACUGGUUGAAAGUAUUAGUCCUACAGGUUUCCCCUUUCUCUGAAUGGUUUCUACUGUAUAAAAAAAACUGGUGUACGUACACACUUAAAAUAUCUAAUCAUGGACAGUGUGAUGAAAUUGAAUGUACUGAUUUUAGUUUUAAGGUCAAGUUUUGAUAUGAAGCGACUAGUCCCUUCUGUUUUUCACUGUCUGAACUGUAACUUAUUGAUAGGCCUAUUUGUCUUAUUUCUAUGUGUUCAUUUGCAUUAAAAUGCCAGAAAAUCUAUUGCGAGUCAAGGCACUGCAGCUUUUACCUUUUGUGUACUUGGGUUCAAUCAUCUUUCAAAGUUACUGAUUGUGAAUGUUGAACAAUCUGAGUGACAAGUUACUGUAAUGUAAUACCUCAAUUGUAUUUUUCAUUGAUCAUGUUUAUGAAUAUCAUCAGUAUUAACUGAGGCACUUUCCUUGACAUAGCCCCUUUUGAAAUGCAUUCCUACUACUGCAUGUGCCAAACUAACUUAGUGUUUCUUAAUCAUUGAUUUAUAACAUACUGCUUAUUCUUUUAGUAUGUGAAUAAACAAUUACCUUCUAUGCA